AUGUCAUUUUACUUAGAGAAUUGUAAUGAAUCCAUUGAUGUGUUAGGAGAGACAGCAUUAAUGUCGGCUGCCCAGUGGGGACACCUGGAGAUCUGUAGACUCCUCAUUGAUACAGGAUGUAAGAUCGACAUCACAGAUACAGAGGACGGACAGACAGCUUUAAUGAUGGCUGUCUUGUUUGGAAACCUGGAGAUCUGUCGUCUCCUCAUUGAUACAGGAUGUAAGAUCGACAUCACAGGAGUUAAUGGACAGACAGCAUUAAUGAGGGCUGCCAGGGGAGGACACCUGGAGGUCUGUAGACUCCUCAUUGAUAGAAGAUGUAAGAUCGACAUCACAGCAAGAGAUGGAUACACAGCUUUACAUUGGGCUGUUCGGGAGGGAUAUCUACAGACCACAUUAUGGCUGGUAGAACAAGGAGGUGCCAGUCCCUUGAUUACAACACAUGAGGGUGAGACUCCAUAUGAUAUAGCAGCCAGAUGGAAAGAGAGGCAGUAUAAAGAAGUGAUGGAAUACUUACAGACUGUCAUGUCAGAGAAAUCUCCAGGUGUGACUGCUGGUCAAGGGAUAGAAGAUGAAGUCCCAACUGAAAUAAAAUUAAUGACUGACAAAAGAUCUGUCGAAUUGUACCUUAAAUUACUUGAGUCAGGCUCUGAGAAAAAGAGAGACAUACGUUUAGUAGUAGUUGGAAAGAAAGGGGCAGGAAAGACUUCAUUGAUUAAAAGAUUGUUUGGUGAAGAUAAUACAGAUGUUACCAGUACAAAUGGAAUAGAAAUUCAUAAAAUAAAAUGCAAAGCAAUGUCUGAUGAUGGAAUAUGGAAUAAAUUAGAUGAAAACUAUGAAGAAACUGAAACUCAUGCAAGACUAUUGAAAGAAUACAAGGGAACACUUCAGGACAAAGGAACAACAGAAGAACCAGUAGAAUCCCACAUUGCCAUAAAGGACAAUACACCAGCAACAAAUUUUGAUGAAUCAAAGAAAUCAGGGGCAGUAUAUCAGCAGCCUAAAAUAAUGACACCUCUAGUAACCACUGAAUCUCAAGUUGAACCUCCAUUAACCACUGAAUCUCAAGUUGAACCUCAAGUAAUGUCACAGCAACAAAACCAAUCAAUAGAACAGGCAAAAACGGAUAUUGAAGCCAUGCUUAAAUCUAGUGUUGAUUUCCAAGACAAAGAGGAGUAUGCCACAUUUUUUCUAUGGGAUUUUGCAGGAGAUGAAGAAUUUUACCACACACAUCAAACCUUUUUGUCCCAAGAUGCAAUGUAUCUUGUUGUUACAAAACUCAAUGAAGCUGACGAUCCUAAUGCCCAAGCUUUAUUCCGACUCUGGAUUGACUCAAUACAUUGCUACAGUAGACUGGAAGAGCAAAAAAUUGUAUCUGAUGACAAGACGACGAGGUCAGAUGAUCUUGAUCCACCAGUAGUUAUUGUUGGCACAUGGAAAGAUGCUGUGACCUUAGAAGCAGAUACGGUUGAGGAGGCAUGCAGAGAAAGUUUGUCGGUGUACACCGAAAAUCUGGCAGAUGAUGAACGUGGACAUGUAAGGAGUGAAUACUUUAUUUCUAAUAAAGAAGAUGAUCACAGUGUAUUCCAGCAAAUACGACGAGACAUCAUAAACUUAGCCAGAGGAAUGAGGACAUGGAACAAAGAUUAUCCAUUGAAAUUUAUACAGCUGGAGCAACGACUUCAAGAAAAGAAGAAAGAGUUACCGAUUAUUACCUAUCAGGAAAUUAAACACAUUUCUACUGAUACACCAAAGCCGUUAAGUGAGGAAGAACUUAUAUUAUUUCUAGAAUUUCACCAUGAACUCCGAUCUUUAGUUUAUUUCAAAGAUCUUCCAGAGAAUAUUAUUUUAGAUACACAAUGGCUGUCUGAUGCUUUUAAAUGUAUUGUUACAGCAAGGAAAUUUCAAGCUACAUGUAGUACUAAAAAUCAAAAAAGGUGGAAUGAAUUUUACCAUACAGGCAAAUUAAAUUAUGAGGUUGUAGAAGAUAUAUUUAAAAAAGAGACAACCAUUUUGUAUGAUCAUAAAGACUAUAUCCUGAAUGUAAUGGAGAAAUUUGAUAUCAUUAUACGUCCAACCAAAUCAGGUGCUGAACAAAAUCUUUACUUUUAUGUACCUUGUAUGGUUAAAGCAGAACCUGAGCGUGACAUUUAUGAAAUGUUUAAUGUGCCAAAAGAUAUACAUAAAAGAUCAACUUGGUUGUGUUUCAGAUUUCGGUUUCUACCACCACAUCUAAUGAAUCAUUUGAUUGCUUCACUGAGCAGGAAGUAUACAGUUGCAGAAGUGAUUGACAGUAAGAAGAAAAAAAGACAAAUUGCUCUUUUUAAAGGCACUGCUGUCUUUGAGUUACAACAUGAGACUACGAAAUUAAGAAAAUUACUUGUUAUGACAUGUCCAAAUGUUAUUCAGAUUCAGGUAUGGGAAUUUGGGGAAGACAUUAAAAUCGGUUUGUACAAAUACAUUGCAGACUUUGUGACAGAGGAAUUAAACACAGUCAUGCAUACAAGAUUCAAAAUGUCAAAUGUAAAAUUUGAGAAAACCUGGGAAUGUGGCCUUACUGAGCCAAAGUGUGUGACAGGAUCAAACAAAUUCAUGGAAGAGCCUAUAACAGAAUAUCAAUGUGAUACGUGUCAAAUUAAACACAUGUUCAUUGACGAAUGGUCAGAUCAACAAUAUAAAGCACUAACGCUGUCCCAGAUUUCUGGAAAAGCUCAACAUGUGUCAGAAUUCAAUUCUUGCAUAAAAAACACCAGUCAAAUCGUGCGUGUAUGUUUUAAAACUGGUAAGAGAGAUCAUUCAAAUGUUUCUGAAGAUGUAAACGCAAGUAAACGCAGAUUGAGAGAAUUUACCAAAGAAGAGAUCAAUUUUACAAAGAUGGGAAUAAUUGUGCUGAACAUUCUUGCUGAUGUUUCAUAUGACCUUCUAAAACCAGAUAAACCAAAUCUACGUCCGAGGAGCGAUUACGAUAUAUCACACUUAUACCAGGAACACUUUAAACUUAAAAAACAUAUUCCAACUAAUGGAUGGGGAGGGAAUUGGCAAACCAUUCAGGGUACAGACAUAGCUAUUGGUGAUGAUAUUGAGCGCAUAAGACUUACAAGGAAUGAACUACAACACUCAACGGCAGCUGAGCUUGGAGAUACACGUUUUAAUGAGUUGUGUAACAUAUUAACUGAACUCUUAAAACGGUUUGACCACUAUAACAAACCACAAAAGCUGUAUACAGAUGAGCUUAAUGAUAUUUUGGCUAAAACUAUUACAGAUGACGAUGUGAAAUCAGUUAAAAAUGAUUUACCGGAAAUAACUGUUGAGGUCGAAAUAGAACAACAAUUUAAUGUUCCAAUGCAUUAGAGAAAUACAGUUCAUCUCAUCAUUGUAUGGCAAACAGUUAUUUUUUGCGAUGAGAAAUACACAGAUUACCAUAGAAACAGAUUUGCAGAAGACCAAUCCCUUGUGAAUAGAAGGCGAUCAUCUUUAUAUCUAAUAAUGUUAAUUGCAAUGUAAUGCUGCCGAUAAAAAUCAGACAAUCAUGUA